AAUAAUUACUGGCCAAUUUAAUGGUCUGGUAUUACAUUUUUAUAAGGGCUGUAAAUAAGAAAAAUAAAAAAAUGUGCCAAAAGAACAGAACAUUUAAGUAUUUAAGAAAAAAUUUUUAAUUCGAUUUGUUUCUGCUGUUAAAUACAUCAAAUAUAUUAUUAGCUGGCAAAAGAUAAUGCACAUCUUCAAGUGUCAAGUAUAAUAUACAAGACCUUUAAUAAAUAAUAUCGAUUUCUGACGUCAGCAAACCUCACUAUUGUGUUUUCUGACGAGAAAGUUGAUAAACAACAUUGAACGAACUAGAUUCUCGGAUCUGAUAAAUCCCCGUUCGCAAUGAUCGUCCUUCAGUCACCCGUUCGCACCCUUUGAGUCACGAUACUCUCACUUCUUCCUUUUACUCUCAAACAGUGAUCCAUGUUUUUUAUUAGAGGAUUCUGUGACUCAUUGUUGUCUUUAUUAAGAUUUUGAAAUUAAAAUACACCGAUUUGAUUGUAUCCUUCCAUUCUCACCUGUUAAUCUCAAUGUACGCAAAGAAUAAUUUCUUUCUUUAAAUUAAUGAUUAAUAAUUUAUCGCAAUGUCCAACUGGACAAAAUAGAUUUUUACUUUUUAUACAGUAAAUGUUUAUUUGAAUUCUUACUUUCAACCUGCACUUUGUGAAAUGAAGUACAUGACAGCGCGAUCGAUAGCAGUACUCUUUAUCGCGUUCAGCACUAAACCGCUGAUAGAAGGAAUAGGCAUUAACAAUUAUUUCCAACUGAUCAACGAUGUCCACAGAUAUUAUCACACGUCAUGUGUCAUAUUCGUGCAGUCUGAUAAAUAUGAUUUCAAUACGACGACACUGGUGCAAACAUGGUCUCGCGAAUUCUCAUGGCAAGCAGUCAUGACUGUCACCAUGACUUUCUCAGAUCUGAAAAGUGAGUACAAUAAGUACCAAGAGAGUAUCACGCGGCCUUUGUUCGUCGUUCUUCUCGACACCAGGGAGACCAUGGACCAGUUUGUUAAGAUCACAAGGACUAUAAAACCCAUCUCUUUCCCCUUCUGGUUCAUCGUAUUCUUUCAGCAUCCUGGAAAUCCUCUUGAGAAGUAUUGCAGAGAACCUACCGAUAACAUAUUCAACGUAGAUUUCCGCACCCAGAUGUUGGUCCUAUGCUAUGAUAGCCCGAUUCUGGUUGAGUGGUACGCUAUUCGCGAUAAUCGUACUAGAACAUUUGAUCUGGCCACGUGGUCUCCCGAUAGAGGUCUGAUCUUGAAAACGCGAGAGAGUCUAUACGCUAGGAGGGAUGACAUGUUCGGUGACGUUAUACGCGUGGUGACCGUAAAUAACUCGCCACUGAUCUCACAGGAGGACGAUAUGGUUAGCGGAUUUCUUGGUGUGCUACUGCUAGAACUCAGCAAAGUGAUGAACUUUACGGUGAAGCUUCUGGAUCCGGUGGAAGGAUAUGGUUGGUUGAAUGAACAGAAGACAGGCUGGACAGGUGCGAUCGGCAAGUUAGUAGCCAACGAGGCUGAUUUGGGUGUUUCUGCAUUCACGAUGACUACUCACAGAUUAAAAGUUGUCGAUUUUACGAUGCCACUGUUACGCUCGCAAUACCGUCUUUAUUUUAAGCAGUCCGAUCUCACCCACGUGCAAUGGUCCGUGUACCUAAGGGUAUUUAGCCCUGGAAUUUGGAUAUCAUUAACAAUGAUAACAAUAGUUGCUGCAAUUGUAUUGACUAUUAUAAAGACAAAAGGAUUUUCAAUAAUCUUAAUGCUUGAGAACUAUAUUAAAGUUUGGGGCAUUUAUUGUCAGCAGAGUUUGCCAGCAUUUCCUAGAGAAUCACCAAUGAGAUUAGCUUUUAUCUCGAUGUAUAUUUCAUCGAUAGUAAUUCUAUCAAUGUAUUCUGCCUCGUUGAUCAGCUAUUUGGCGCUUUCUAAGCCUAAAUUACCUUUUUCUACUUUAGAAGGUUUUGUUAAUCAUGGAUCUUACCAAUUAAUUGUUAUGCAAGACAGCGCCGAAUAUGAUCUUCCUAGUAAUGUCCAUGACUCUGUGUUUAUUAAAAUGUAUAAGUUGAGAGCAGACAAGAAGUAUUUACCUUUUACAUUAUCGGAGGGAUUUAGAGAAAUCUGUGAGCAUGCAAACUACGCGUUUUACACGAGCGAAAUGUACAAAGAAUCUAUUAAUUUUGAUAUACGAUGUAGAGUCACAUUUAUUAAUACUGGAAGAAUCGAUAAUACAGCAAUGGCUUUAACAAAAGGAAAUCCUUACACUGAAUUCAUAAAUUACCAUUUGCGGCGAUUUCAGCUUAAUGGUAUUAUGGGCAAGUUAAAAAAAAAAUUUCUUAUAAAAAAUGUUCCGAGUAAGAUUACUUAUCAUUAUGUAGAGUUAAACAAUAUAACACCAAUUUUAACGAUGGUGGCAGGCAGUAUGGUCUUGGCACUAUUGAUUUUGAUAAUCGAGAAAGUGUUUUAUUCGUUUAAAACUCAAUUUAAAAAUAACAAACUGUUUAUUGCAAAAUUUAGUUAUAAUCUUAACAUAAGAAAUAAAUUGCGAAGGGAAAACAGCGAUUUAAAAUUGAAAUUUAAAGAAUUUUAUAAUAAUAGACCAAUUGGAUAUUGGCCAUAAUAAAUGAAAAACUAUUAUGUUAGAUAUUGGAUAUUCAAGGAUUUGUAAAACAAUUGAUUAUUUGAUAACGCAAUCUUUGAGGUGCUCGAAAAAUCGGAUUAUAAUAAAAUUUUGAUGCAUCUUUAGGCACGAAUUGGGUUUCAGGUCUCCCAAAACCUUCGAAAAAUCGUCAGAUUAUCCGGAUAACAUAUUUGGCUAGGAGGUUGUUGGAGGUGCAUAAAAAAGGGAAUUGCCACCUUGCUUGGUAAUGCAUCGAACUUCACUUUAAUUCUUCCAUGCAUCCUCGCUGCUGUUCUCAUUGUUCGGCGAUGGAAAGCUCUCAACGAACGAUAGCCAAUAAACGCCGAUGCCAUUCAACUGGCAAACAGUUACUUGCCUUACGUAUUUAUCUCUGAAACCUCUUAGCCAAACUGAUUUCUUAGUAAUUAAAAUGAUUUUUUGUGGUUCUGGUAAGAUUCGCUUGCCAAUUCUCAUAUUGCCAUUUGCUUCCUCUUAUCCGUACAGUUUUUUUGACAAUUCUGACGAUUUUUCAGAAGUUUGUAAAAUACGUCUACAUAAUUCUUGUGUAACUUUUUUUUGAUAUAUUUUUUUUAUGAAUAUUAAUCAUCUAUCUAAAAUGUUACAGAACGCGGAUUAAAUGCUACUUUUACACCCUGAUGCCUCUAUUGUUAAUCUAUAUUGUAAUUAUAUUAUAAUUAUAUUUCUUUAUAAUUCUUAGGUAUAUAUUUCAGUGACUAUAAAAUAAUAUUAUAGCUAAUCGAUUUUUUAUUAUGUUGUUGUGAUUAGAAAAGCGAAAUUUGUAAUAACUAUUUUUAUAUAGCUUUUCAAAAGUAAAAUAUUAAUAUAUAUAACUAGUUAUAUAAUAUAAUAUAUUUGUUUAACUAUAGAAAAUAAAAUGUAAUUAUAAAUUGCUGUUAAAACUAUGACAAUUUAUGUCUACACAAAUGAUUGUUUCACCUAUUAUAUUAGAGUCACUUACUUUGAUAACAUUUAAUAACACGGUCUAUAUUAUCGGUAAGCGGAAGUUCGCAUCCGCAGCUUGCAGUUUCUUGCAGCAGUCAAUUCGAUACGCACUCAGGUGGCAUCGCCGACGGGCGCAACGGAUGCGAGCAAGCACGCGCUUACGUUUCCGCUUUCUGUUUGACCGGAAGUGACCUUUGCCUCAUUAGAAAAAACCUGCAUGUACGCAUCAAUUCCGACAAUCAUCCCAUACGCGGCAGUAUACGUACAAUAUACAAUGUACGUUGUACAUACAUGCACAUCACGAGCUGCCUUUACCGUUGCACCGACUUUACCGAUGCUAGCAACGGCGGGCGUUGAUUAUCCAUUACGGAAAUAAACGCGUCUUCGCGGGUACCAUCAAUCAGCGACAAAUUAAACGCGAAUAGCACGCGAUGGUUAUAGCGUGACAACAGUCAGAAGAUUGCUUCUUCUAUUACCGCACUGGCCUCAUUAAGUUGUAAUUAUGUGGGAAAGAAUAAGCAAUUUAUACGUCUUCUUUUAGUGUCGAAAUACAGGACAAAGUCUUAAGAACAAGUGAUUUUUUUUUCCUUUUAGUUGCAGCUUGUAAUGCAAAUGUGCAACCACAAUAAUCGCGACUGGAAGAAGAACCGUAGCGACUACGCGACGAAAGUACGUCAUACAUAUAAGUUUAUUAAUUUGUUUUCUAUUCGUUCCCAAAUAUUUCUAAUUUAUAUUUUUACUGAACAAUUUUUUUAUUUGUCUCCUAAAGCAGAAGAAAACAGAAAGUAAAGUUUACCAUUUCUUUACUGCAUUUUCGAACAAACGCUUUGAUAAAAGAAAAGAAGGAAUCGAUGACUGAAUGCGACACGACUGCACUACGAGAUGAUUUGAUGAUGCAUCUUCGCGCGAACGGACGGCCUCGGAAUGCAUUCCGCGAUCGUCUAUUAUCGUUUGCAAGGAUCGAUGUGUCUGUCUGUCGUUCCAGGAGGAAAACAAGACUCCAACUGGCCUCUCUCUUGUUGUCGCACAUGGUAGAGCCAUUGUUGGCACGUUGUGUCAUCUCUGGGUUUGUCCAGAAAGGCGUAUUACAUCGCUACGACGAAAGGCGAAAGGGCAGAGAAAGAGAGUACUUCUGCAGCCGAUAACAAUAACAAUAAUUGUGAACCAGGAAACAAUAACGUUUGGUAAUCAUGAUUGUCGGAGGAAACAAUGAUGGUGAUGAUGACGAUGACAAUGGGUGACGUCUCGGUCGAGAAAUGAAGUCAUAAAAUGGCACAAUAACGUCUUCUUUUCAGUUUCGAUAGUAGUGUUUAUUGCGAAUGAAGAUUAGAGAUUUUUCGCGUUACAAAUAAAUAGGACAAAAUUUUUUUCUUUGAAUUUAAUAGCAUUUUUAUAUAUAAAGAAAGAAAUCUUUAUGAUAAAUUAUAUUAAGCAAUUAAAUAUAAUAAGAACGGGGAUAUAUAUAUUUAUGAUCUAUAAAUUAUACUAUAGAUCUAUAGAUAUACUAGAAUACUAGAUAGUUAUAUUUAAUGCUUAAAUAAUUUACGCAAUUUAUGUAUGUUCAUUACACGCUCAAAUAGUUUCAAAGAAUAUUUCCAAGGCAGCCUAGUGCUAAUGUUGAUAAUUAUGACAAUAGAGUUUCUGCCUUGACGAAGACAGUAAUUUGCGCCCGACGAGAUGGAAAACUCGACGACUCCUUCGGUAAAUCCGUCACUGAGAUCUCUUCGGUCACUGCAAAACUCAUUAACAUGCCCGAGAGCGUAGGAAGGUGUUGGCUAUGCGCUGGACCAUUCGUCCUUAUGCGACAUUGCUUUACAACUGAUAGUUUUUAGAAGAAGCAACAGCGAUCUCGCAUCGCGGAUAAAAAUCAUAAAUCUAAUAAUAAGAACGUGGGUCGUUGUCCCCGAUAUGCCGGGGAAUUAUCAAACCGUUCUAUUAUUAGAUAUAAAAGAGCGUCUGAUAACUUGAUUAGCAUUUUGCAGAUAGGCUGCUUUAAGCGUAUUAAUUUUUCUUUUCAUCAACUUCACGAGCCAAACGGUUCGGUUAUUAGGUCGUAGAUAAUUGACGUAAUAUAUGCUGUUACACGUUAAGAAAGCAAUAUAGUUAAUUCAUAUUUAUAGAACGUGAUAAAGGUAUUAUGCUGUCAUUAAUUACAAAAUAUCUGAUAGCGUAACAUUACUAACACUGAAUUUGUAAUGUUACUUGUAGAUUAUAUGUAUAUUAACAUUACAUGUUAAUACAUGUAUAAAUGUCACAAAUAAUUGGAGAUUUAAUGUAAUUAGUGUAUCCUUCUACGCAUUUUUUUCCGGCGAUUCUGAUUCAGAUUACAUACGAAAGAAAACAAACGUUUAAUUUCUACUUAGAUUGCAGAUUACGCCUGCGCAAUUUUGUUUUCUGAUCGAUUAAUAUCUACAUAUGUUUAUUUACUGUUUUCGUGAAACUCUUCAUUUGUCACAAAAAACACGAUGGUUAUUCAAUGUUUUAUUCAAUGUCAGAGUCGAAGGAACUGCCAACGUAUCGCUCGAUCAGCGUCGUAAUUCAGGUACCAUUGCGAAACGUAGUCGAUCGUAAAAGUUUAAUUGCCGUAGCACGUUUUUGUCCAAAAUAGGCGAUGAUCAAGACAUCUCAUGCAACAGAUUAUGACAUAAUUGAUAUUUUUCGUGAAUUAAAGUUGCUUCUCACGGUCUCUUUACCGUCCACCCAUGCAGUUCAACAUUAACAGAGAACUAAAUCCGUCUCUUUCUUUCUCUCUCGUUAACGUUGGCGGAGACGACCUACGUAGACCGGGUGUGGGCUCACCGUACGUAACGUGUCCGCACGCACAAGUAGGGGGGACACGGUGCCGACGCGGUGCCCCACCGCCGUCGCUGCCGCGGCGGAAUGGAAUGGAAAGGAAAAGAGCCGUACCUACUGCUGCCUAUCCGCCUGCCGUAGACACGAUUAUGUUUCGUUCGUGUCUGGCGAACCCAUUCAGUGCUUCUCACGGCACGGGGGCACAUGGUGCGGUCGCGGGCCGCAGACGGUCUCUCCGCGAGUGGUGCACGCACGCGAUCGAGCCGCGCUAUCUCAGGGAGAUAAGCCCGCCGAGAAGGUCGAAGGCUAAAGUGGACAGUUGAGCGGUACAGUGCAAAGAGUAACAUCAAACUGUAAAAAAAAAAAAAAAAAAACAGACAAAAAACAUUGAAGAAUGGCGAUUUAUUGAAUUCUCUGAAAGGAUUAUUAGAGAUUCGAAGAGCAGUUUAUCAGAGAGAUAUGCUGAAGUACAUGUCGUAAAGUGCAACAAUAAUAAACAAAAGCCGCAAUAAAUUCAACAAA